UCAUCAAUUCCUGACUUGUUGCUGCAGUUACACAAACAUGAAUUCUUUCUGUACCUACCUGUCUGUCUUCGUCGUAUGAUACACAUGACUAAUUCCAUAUUCGGUUCGUACCGACACCGCAAAUCAUGACUCAAAUGUUUUGCCUUGCUGCUCAUAGAUAGAUUCUAGGAACGGUGGCUCAAAGAUGAUAUUUUUAUUAGCCUUCACCUUUCAUUUUUGUCAACUGCAAUGCAACUAGGCGGAUUGGCUUACGCCGUGCCCUUUUUUUUUUCACAGAACAUGACAAAAGAAACCAAUUUAUGAUAUCUCAAUAUUUACUUAUGAAUUUAUCAAUAUUUAACACAUUUACUUAAUUAUAAGGAAAACAGCAGUACUUUCAUGUAUGCACAUAAUUUUAGCAUAUAGACAACAGUAAUACGAAACUAACAAAAUUUGUUUCAUAUUUUUUGAUUUUUAUAUAUUUUUCUUUGUAUUUUAGAUUAUUUCAGUCGAUUUAUUAAUAUAACUAAUAUUCCUGUUGAUAUUUUUUUUUGGAAUUUCCCGAAAAUAAAAUUAUAUUAUGUGUAAAUAUAUGUAUAUGUAUACACAUAUAUACAUACACAUACACAGGGUCCACUGCUACAGUAGCUACAGUGCCGAACACAUGAGAGCGCUCCAAAUCUUGGAGCGAUAAUAUAUGUUAUAGAUUCCCAAAGUAUCACAUGCGAAAAAUGUAUUUAUGGGUCGUAGAAACAUUCUGUACAAAUCAGUUUGUCCAAUUUACCUUGUUUCAAACAUUAAGUCUGCUUAAUUUAGCUUUCAAAAUGAGUAAAUUAGGCAUUAUAGUGACGAGCAUUGCCUCGCUCCUCAUAAAGGCAUAGAUGUCUUGUAGGUGUGAAGUGUGCAACGUUCCUUCCUUCCCGAGUUGGUAAUUGACUUGGGGGGAUGAUAUCAUUGUCUGAAACUGACAGGUGAAAAAUUAAAUUGUACAACCAAGCAAUUGGUUUGUCAACUCAAAUGUAGGAUCUCUCAGUGAUCACAAAAUCUUUGAACUUUACUUAAAAAAAACUUUGGAUUUGGUAUCAGUUGAUUUAUCUUUGAUUGCUCUCAUAGUUGAUUUGGUCCAUUGUCUGUACUCGUGGUGGGAGUUGGUGAAGGCUGAAGACAAACGCAAAUUUUCUUCUCAAUUGUCUACGCGUGUUCAUGUUACUAACUUACUACAUAAUUAGACUUCUGUGGAACAUAGAUUAGUCACUGUGAUUUUCGGAAAUGUAAAGUCAAAGAAGAGCAGGUGUGGGCUGUGAUUUGCAUCUUAAAGAUGAUGAUUUCAGUACUUGUGUUUCUAAUUUAGGUUGCUGAAGAUGGGGGCUCUAGAUGUGUCUAAGGUUGUGCAUGGUCGCCAAGGAUGGCGUCUGAUUACAUGUAUGUGGCUUCACGCCGGAGUUGUUCAUUUACUCAUCAACAUGCUGGGCCUCCUAUUUAUUGGUAUCCGACUCGAACAAGAAUUUGGGUUUGUGAGGGUUGGUCUGGUUUACCUCGUCUCCGGUUUGGGUGGGAGCUUGAUGUCCGCUCUCUUCAUACGAUCAAGUAUUUCUGUUGGCGCCUCCGGUGCUUUGUUUGGAUUGAUUGGUUCCAUGCUUUCGGAGCUCAUAACAAAUUGGUCACUCUAUGCAAAUAAGGUAUGCAUUUCCCUAUCCAUCGUUGUCCUCCAUUCUGGAAGAUUUGUUCAUUUAAACGGUACAACCUUUUUCAUUUUUCAGGUGUCAGCACUACUAACGUUGGUGUUGAUGAUCGUGGUGAAUUUGGCUCUUGGGAUUCUUCCCAGAGUAGAUAACUUUGCUCACAUUGGGGGCCUUAUAUCCGGUUUCUUCCUUGGAUUUGUUAUCUUCAUUCGGCCACAGGUUGCUUGGCUGAACCAGAGAAGAGGAACACCUGGGCAACAAACUUCUCCCGUGAAACGCAAGCACAAGACAUAUCAGUAUAUAUUGUGGUUGGCUGCUGCUAUCGCGCUCAUUGUUGGGUUUGCUGUGGCUACCGUGCUGCUUUUCCGAGGAUACAAUGCGAAUGAGCACUGCUCUUGGUGUCACUAUCUCAGCUGCGUUCCUACCAAGAGAUGGAAAUGCAACUCGUCGCCAACAUUAUGCACGGAAAUUCAACGAGAGAACACUUUGAACUUGAUAUGUGAAGGCACAAACAAAAAUGCGACGUACAUCAUAGGCGAUCCGACGCAAGACAAGAUUAACGACCUCUGCAACCAGCUUUGCAGCUAGCUUAGCAAGAUCUGAUUCCUUUCCCAUUCCCCGCGAGUUUUCCCUCCCUGCUGUAUCAUAUUCGUUAUUCUUUGUGUACAUGAAUUAAUAGAUACAUUUCUUCCUUGUGUGAGAGAGAAUACAGCAUUACCUCGCUUCACCAUUUCGUAGACCUGCAGCGUAUAUCCUGGAUGAGUAGAAACAGACUGAGUUGAUA